GUUCACCGGAGGAGAAAGGCAUUGAUCUAAGUGCAGAUCGCAGGAGCAAGCAUUGCCAUUUGCUGGCAAACAGCAGAAGGCGAGGUUCAUCUUCUCGAUAUAUUUCGGACCCAACAAUGUCUUUAAAAUUUGUUACUCACAUCGAGGAAAGUCAUCUCUUCAUAUGGACCUUUGUGGUUGUACUCCUAUUCUUCUUCAUUUUUCUGAAACUGUCGCAAUGUGAUCAAAGAAAGAAGAUUGGUAGGAAUUCGAUGAAAUUGCCACCAGGCGGACGAGGUUGGCCUUUGAUUGGUGAUAGCAUCAAGUGGUAUAAAGCUGUAGUAAGUUCUCAUCCUCCAAGAUAUGUGGAAGACCAGGUGAAGAGGUAUGGGAAAAUAUUCACAUGCAACCUCUUUGGUAGACAAGCUGUUGUCUCAGCUGAUCCGCACUUCAACCGAUUUGUUAUGCAAAAUGAAGGGAAAUUAUUCAAGUCAUGCUAUCCAAAAUCAUUCUGUGAUUUGGUUGGGAAGAAUGGAGUGAUUGUGGUGCAGGGAGAACAGCAGAGGAAGUUUCAUGGGAUUGCAGUGAACAUGAUGAAGUUGGAAAAACCUUAAUCAAAUCCCCAAUUCUUAGGAGAUGUCCAGAUGGUCAUGCUUCAGACAUUAAGCAGUCUACAAGAAAACCAAGUUGUAAUGCUUCAAGAUAUCUGCAGGAAGGUGGCCAUAAAUCUGAUGGUUAAUCAGCUAUUGGGAGUUUCAAGUGAGUCUGAGAUCGACGAGAUGGCCUGCUUGUUCUCUGAUUUUGUUGAUGGGUGCCUUUCUGUUCCAAUCAACUUGCCUGGAUUUGCUUAUUACACUGCAAUGAAGGCAAGAGAUACCAUCAUUAAAAAGAUCAAGAAGAUGAUACAGAUCACGAGGCGGAAUCCCAGGUCAGCAGCAGGCAAUGGGGUCCUUGGUAGACUAGUUGAGGAUGAAAACUUGCCUGAUGAUGUUGUUGCAGACUUCAUUAUAAAUCUCCUAUUUGCUGGAAAUGAGACAACAGCUAAAACAAUGCUCUUUGCUAUUUAUUUCCUCACUCACUGCCCCAAGGCAUUAGAGCAACUACUGCAGAAUAUUGGAAGGAUGGCUCACAAAGACAUGCUUGUAUGGGAGGAUUAUGAAGCGAUGCCAUUUACUCGAUGUGUUGUUUAUGAAACGCUUAGACUUGGAGGAAUAGCAAUAUGGUUAAUGAGGGAGGCAAAAGUGGAUGCUGAAUAUCAAGAUUUUGUCAUCCCAAAAGGGUCCUUUGUAGUUCCCUUUCUCUCAGCGGUACAUUUGGAUGAGAAUAUAUACCCUGGGGCUUUAAAUUUCCACCCAUGGAGGUGGAUGGAGCAAGAAAAUAAGGAGAAGAGAAAUUGGAGAACUAGUCCUUUCUACACGCCUUUUGGAGGAGGUGCUCGAUAUUGUCCUGGGGCUGAAUUAGCUCAUCUUCAAAUUGCUCUCUUUUUGCAUCACUUUGCCACUAAAUACAGGUGGGUCCAACUCAAGGAUGAUCAAAUGUCAUUCUUCCCUUCAGCUCGCUUGGUUAAUGGGUUUCAAAUUUGUAUCACCAAGAAUACGGAUGCAGUUCUAGUUCAAUGAAAUCUUGUCUAUAUUUGCUUGGAGGUUUUGCCUAAGUUGCAUU